AUGACGGUAUAUAAUGUCAACCCUGAGCUGGGCAGGAAGUGCAUCUUGUGUUUAGCUGGAACAUGAGGGGAAGAAGCGGUUUUAUACAGCGCUAUCGGGACAACAAACUAAGCUUUUGACGGGAAAAAAAAACACUGGAAGAUGGACACUUAUAGAAGAGGACAACCGUGGGGAAAGCUAGUCAAAGUGGACUCCAGUGAAACUGUCCUGCUUUUCAACAAGGAAUGCACUGUUGGCAGAAAAAAAGGAUGUUAUCUGUCCUUUCCAGCCAACAAACUGGUAUCAGGGGAGCACUGCAAGAUUGUGCAAGAUGAAAGCUCAGGGCUGGUGUGGCUUGAAGACAUGAGCACUAAUGGCACAAUGAUCAACAUGUCCACGGUCAAGAAACAAACUCACAUGCUGCAGAGUGGGGAUGUCAUCCACUUUGUGUACAGGAAAAGUGAGCCAGAACAAAACAUCGCCUAUGUUUACCACUCAAUCAAAAUGGAGCAGGCUAUUUCACAACAUUAUGACAUGGACAGUUCUGCCCACAGUCAUGUUCCUGUUCCACCUUCAGAGAUGUCACUCUCUGUGGAGCCUGUAAUGCUCACAAAGGCUCCUCAUGACCCAACUCAGGAGGAACCUCAGCCCUCCACCUCCACUUCCCACUUCUGCAUCGGGAGUCCUACCACUUCUGGUCUCAUGGCAACCACAGCCUGUCCUGCCCCUGGCCAAGCUAAAGACGCUUCCCCGGCACAAGAAAAAGACACAGACAGCAUGGAGCCAGAAAACAAGAGGAGGAAAACUGAUGACGAUAAAGAUUAUGAUUUGGGCCUGCCACACACCUCCAGUACAGAAGUGGUCGGGUCAACUAAGGGAAGUCUUGGGAGUCUUUUGUCUAAACCACCAGUGGAAGGGGCUAAGACAGACAAGAUGGAGGAGAGCCUGACAUGUGUUAUUUGCCAGGACCUACUGCAUGACUGUGUAAGCUUGCAGCCUUGCAUGCAUGUCUUCUGUGCUGCCUGCUACUCAGGCUGGAUGGAGCGUUCUUCUCUUUGCCCCACCUGCCGCUGCCCCGUGGAGAGGAUUCGUAAGAACCACAUCCUCAACAACCUGGUGGAGGCCUACCUCAUUCAGCACCCAGAAAAGUGUCGCAGUGAGGAGGACCUGAAGAGUAUGGAAAGCCGUAACAAGAUAACUCAGGACAUGUUACAGCCAAAAGUUGAGCGCUCGUUCUCUGAUGAGGAGGGCAGCUCAGAUUAUCUCUUUGAGCUCUCUGACAAUGACAGUGACUCUUCAGACAUUAGUCAACCUCUCGUGGUGUGCAGACAGUGUCCAGGCUACAGGAGUGACAUCAGUCAGGUCCUGUUUGCUACAGGUUCAAACUACUGGCUCCCUGGUCUGCCAGCUCCACCGCCAAUACCUCCUCCACCCAAACCAGCAACUGAGGAUGGAUCUGCUAAACCCACAGGGGAGCAGCCCUCAACGUCCUCUGAUCUCCCAUCAGCUCCUCAGGAGUACCGCUGCCCCCCUCAGGGCUGCCAUCUCAUCUGCACCUGCUGCCUCCAGCCAAUGCCAGACAGACGGGGCGAGCUAAACAGCCAGCAGGUUAUUGCUCAACAAUGUAUGCUGUGCCAGCGACCCUUCUGUCAUAUGUACUGGGGUUGCCAGAGGAUUGGCUGUCAAGGCUGUCUGGCUCGAUUCAGUGAGCUCAAUCUGACAGACAAAUGCCUGGAUGGUGUGCUAAAUAACAACAACUAUGAAUCAGAGAUCCUUCAGAACUACCUGUCCUCUAGAGGGAAGUCGUGGAGAGAUCUGCACCAGGAGUCUUUGCAGAGCUUACAGCAGGGAAACUACUACCUGACAGAUUGUCGUAUCUCUGCAAAUGCCAUCGUGUGCUUCUGCUGCGGCCUGCGAGCAUUCAAGGAGCUCGCCUACAAGUACAGACAGAACAUCACGCCAUCUGAACUGCCAGCUGCUGUAACAUCUCGUCCUGACUGUUACUGGGGACGCAACUGUCGCACGCAGGUGAAGGCACAUCAUGCGACGAAAUUCAACCACAUAUGUGAGCAGACACGUUUCAAGAGCUGAAGGACCAGAGUGGUUUGUUUCUUGUGUCAAAUGUAGAUAACCGAGCAUCUCAUAGACAUGAUCUUAUUAAGUUUUGUUGUCUGUUACAGCUUACCGCCUUCCAGAUGUUAUGCAAUAACCUCAUGCAGAUAUUACAAUCAAUAUCCAUUUACAAUAGUGACCAGUGUCUUACUUGACACAGGGCUGUGUGAAAUAAUGCUAUGCACAAUAACAUUAAAGUUCAAUGUUUACUUAAGGUUUGAGCUGCUUUUUAAGUUAAGGCCUGUGAGGGCUUUUAACGCUAGCCACCAUUUAAAUUUAGAUACAUUUUGUCAGUGGCUCAUGUCUGUCUACCAGGUAACCAACCACCAACUGUUAGAGUAAUUUAUUUGUUUGUUAAAAAUGCUUCCUGAUUUGUCCUCCAGCCUAGGUGACAAAAAUGUUAGUUGUCUCAGAUUAAGAGUGAGUGAGGCAAUCUGUUUGGAUUAAGGCCAUUUAUACGCUUACACAUGGUGAGCAUGUUUUUUAUAUAUUUUCUUCUUCCAGCCUUGGUAAUUUAGGCUAACAACACCAGAUGUAUAUUUACCUUCUUUACUUGUGAUGUAUUUUACUAAUCUUAUGAAACGUAGAGUGAAGAAUCCAGGGCUUCCUACAAUAUAAUGCCGAUGAAAACAUCUAUCACAGUUAUUAGUAGCACCCGUUUGGGCCAAGAAAUGAGUUGUUUCCAUGAUCCAACCUUUUGAACUAUAUUAUGAAGUGAAAAUGUCUCACCUCUAGGGACUUAGUGUGUUCCCAGGCGAGGCCAAAAAGCCACGUUAAAGCCCCACAUACAUACUAGGAUAAAUUCAUAAUCCCAUGUGAUAUUUGUACAGGUUUGGGAAGGGGAUCAAUGUGUUGUAACACUGUCAGAGGGCAUGGGGGCCUCUGUUGUAUGCUUUGCUCUGGAUAAUCAUCUCCAUGGUGAUUUAAAAAGUAGUGUAGAAAGGGACGCUUGCUCAGAUCUUGUAGUAAGAGCUGAGCUGUGAUAAAAUGCACAGCUUUAGUCCAUAUAGAGAAGAAAAAAUAGACUGCACUUCAGGCAACCUCUAACGGUUGAAUAUGCUGAAAGUGGUGCUGCUUUUAGUGGCAUUGGCCCAUGGAGUAGUUUCCAUGUGCAGACGUCUGCAGGAUGCACUUGCAGAACAGAGAAUUGUGCCAAUACAACAGUAUGAUCUGUUGUGUUCCAGUUAUGUAUAACUUAUAGCUUACCUUGCAAGAAUUUGGAUAGAGGUUUAUUCAAAUGUUUUCGAGACAUUAGUUGAUCAGUGUGUGGUUAGAUUUUCUCUGGUUCCUCAGGUACACAAAGCUGCUGUUUUAGCUUAACCAUGUUUGUUGGUUAGAAAAUGUCUGUGUCAACAUGUAAGAGCUGUCACUGUUCAGUGACAGUGUAGAAUCUAAUGACUUCUCACCUAUGACUAUCAUCACCCAAGUGUCAGUAAGUCCCCACCAUGAAAACAUGCACAGCUUGUAUUGAUGUCUACUAAAAAAUCAAAAUUGACAAAUCAGCCAUAGUUUCUAGCGUAGUCCAAUAAGAACACCCAGACAUUAGUUUCAAGAGGCCUUAUAUAUUGGAAUACGAGGAUCAUGUAGUAGUCUCUAUUUUCCCCUUUUUUUUGUAGGAUCACUAUUAUUCGUGUAUAGAAAAUGCUGGUGGGCAUGUGAAGAAUGUGGGUGUAGAAAAUGUUAAAAGUGGGCCUUAUCUUGCUAUUUAGUACAUUUUGUAUAAUUUCACACACAAAGGUUGGGCUUAUUGUUCCAUUUGUAUUCUUUUUUUUUGGUGGCUUUAGAAGGAUGCGUACUAAAUGUCUAAAAAUGUUUGUUUAUUUUGUACAACUAUGAGGAUAUUUGCACAUAACUGUUCUCUCUCUCAAAUGGAAAGUCUACAAGGUUAUGAUAUGAACCCAACAUCCUAGAGGAGCUGUCUUUAUCCAGUGUAUGUGAUGUCAAUACUCAUAAUAUCUCAUUUGUAAUCAUGUGAAGAGUUUAAAUCCAAAAUGACAUAUACAUCAAAGAGAAGGAAAAUAUAACUUUUAUCCUUGAUUGUGCUGAAUGUUAGAAGAUUAUAUGCAUUUUUGUUAUCUAGUUCUUAGCAUUACCCAUAGUGAAUAUGGAUACAGUGUGUGUUGUUUUGGAAUUUAACUCUUCAAUUUUUUCGUUGUGUUGUUGGGAAAUUGGGGUUGUGAAUGGGCCCUUUGCUAACCUCUGCCAGAGCUCCUGGCUUAAUUUGUGGUAUUAGCAAGGUGGUUUAGGUUUAUUUUUCUGUGUAUUUUUUUUUUUUUUUUACCUCUUCUAUCACGGUGGGUCCACACUGGCAUUCCUUAGCGGCUCAGGCCCUCAGCACAAACCCAGUCGAUCCCCCAACAGAGUGGCUGAGUUUUAAUUAUUCCCUACCGGAGAUCUUGGCACCAUAAGCCAACAACAGUCCCAAGCCGCUCCAAUCAGGAAUUGGUAUUAAAGAGGCUUUGGAGGAGUGCUUUGCAUUCUCCCUGGGGUGGGGUAUGUUGUAUACUAAGGCAAAUAUUUACUCACUUUGUGUGCAAAAGUCUGGACCAGGCUGCUCAGCAGUAUGGAAGAGGCAGGUUUCAUUCUACCUCAUCACAGCUCCCAGUAACAUGGGAGACUGAACAGGCAUCAAUCACCAUCAGUUCAAAGCUGGGAAAGCAUCCGCUAUAUGAGGGAUGGAAGUCCUUGCUAGUGCCUGUAAACUUUGUAUGCAAUGCACUAUUUGGACAGAUUAGAUUAUCUAGACUAUAAUCAGCUUCUACUAGAAUAGCACUAGGCACAUGUAUAGUUUUGUGAGGACAAAUACAUUUGAUAUAUGCCUCUUUACCCUGUAUGUUACCCUGUACGUUGUAUUAGCAAUGCUGAAAUUGUCUUUGAAAUGCGUAUGGAUCUGAUUUGCUGUUUUAUCUUAACAAAUUAAAAGACUGAUUUAGCUUUCUGUAGUAACCGAUUUGCUUUUUUUUUUUUUCCAAUACCUUCAAGUCCCUGUCCACUUAAAAAUGUGUUCAGCUUAAUGGUACUUCACUUGGGUGCUUCACUGCGCACAAUGAUGCAUGUGCAGAGUUUGACACUAGACGGCUGUUUUCACAUUCAUCUGCUAAUGGUGGAAAGUUGCUGGCAGCGAAGUAGAAGACAUGGCAGUGAAAUAAAACAAGUUGCAUAGUUAUAAUAGAUUCUGGAUUUCUCAUGAGUAUACAUGUGUCACUUAUUGUAAAUAGAGUAAAGCCUUAUUUUUUUCUUCCUUUGCAUUUGUAUUGCCAUCUUUCCUGAAGAAUGAGUGCUGGAUUAAAAAACUCACAAGA